UUGUAACAAAUACAUUUCUUCAACCUAAAAUAAAGUUAAGAUCUCUUAAAUAUUUUUUUAACCCAGUCUAAACGCUUAGACUUUAUUGUCAUUGUACAGAGCGCAUAGCCAAUAAAAUACAGUUCUUAUCUAACAGUAAGUGUUAAAAUAAUAAGGCAAAUUGUGCCAUUUACAUUGAGCGAAAGGGACAAAAACAUACUAAAUAGCUAAGCAUUCACAUACACAACAAGCCAUGUCCAAGACAGUUAAACCCAAGUUUUUUGUGCUUUUGCUCUGUGGGAAGCCCCAGACAAAUCCCUCUUAGUUGCAGGUGGUCAGGCGUGAGCAAAGAGUUAAGUCCCAGGGUCCCUCUGCCCCUCCCCUUUGAUGUUCUGACAUCAUUAGCCCUGCCCCCUAAAAUAAUCCUCCCUUCCCCCAAACUCCAGUUUUCGGCAGAGCGGAGGGGAACUGUGAACGUGUCCUGAGCAGGACCGAGGGUAAGCACGUCCCCCUGGAAAUGCAGAUCAGUAAUAUGCUAUAGAGGAUUGUUGGAAGCAUCUCGGGAGACGGCGUUUGAGAGAGAUGGCCGUUCAAGCUGCCAUCAUGAACUCGCAGUUCUUAAACUUCUGCUUUCCCGGCUCGGUCAUGGAGUAUGAGGUGGAAAAGAGUCUGGAGGGCGGCUUUUUGGGUGAGGUGGACUGUGAAGGUGACUUUAGGGAAACCACUAGAGACCUUCUAAGCUUCAUCGAUUCGGCGUCCAGCAACAUCAAACUUGCGCUGGACAAACCCGUCAAGUCCAAGAGAAAAGUCAACCAUCGCAAGUACCUGCAGAAGCAGAUAAAAAGGUGCACGGGCAUCAUCUCGCCAGGGGCCACCGCACCUGUUCAGGAGCCGUGCAAGAGACAAGGCUCGCCCCCAACCCCAACAAGCAGCCUGGCCGGCAAAACGCCUCCCAAGAGGGACGGGAUGCAGGCCAACCUGCAAAGCAAGAGUCUGGCUGCCCUGUUCAACCCGGCAAAGGAUGUACGGGGAGAAAGGGCCAAGAAGCCCCCGCUGCGACACCGAAACCUCCCUCCAUCUUUCUUUACGGAGCCGGCCAACAGCUCCAGAGUUACAUCCACGUCUGGCAUGUCGCUCAAAGACCUGGAGCGAGGGACACCAGAAGCAGCCGAGUUUUUGGAGCUUCUUGGGCCCGACUACAGCAGCAUGGUUUCGGAGCAAGAUCUAUUUCAAUUGGCACCUGUCAGGAUCCAACAGGAUGCCACCGAGUCGCUUUCGUACGACUCGCAACAUUUCUUAACCGGUGGGUUUUUAUACGCAGAGCCUUGGGGAACUUGUAGCGGCGCCCCCAAAAAGUCCGGGGACAUGCGGACUGCACCGGUGCAGCCGAACCUUUAUAGUCACUCGGACCUUUCUGGCGCUUUGCCUGUGGAACAGAGCUCGCCAUGUGCACUUACCUUUUCAAACUUCUUUACAGACUGCACUACACCUCCGGUCUCCUACGAUCUGACCAACGGAUAUAACAGAGGAAGCUUUCCCUCUCUUUAAACGAGAGAUUUCUUAGUUUUCUGACACUUUGAAAUGAAAAAGCUGUUUUUAGUACGGUCUUAACAAAAGACAAACCUAAAUGUUAUGACCUUUUUAUUACCAUUUCUUCAACAUAUGCAAGUCUGAUAAUGAACCUUUUUACAUUUUUGCUUGGUGUUGUAAUGUAUGCAUUAUAACAAUGAUUACUGCAUCCUAAAAGUUAUCAAAAUCUUAGGGAUGACCUUGCAUCUCCGAAUGUUUAACAGGAAAAGAAGACAUUUUAUAUUAAAAAAAUACAUUUCUAAUCGAAUUAACAAAACUACACCUCAGGAGUUUGUGUUAUUGCUCCCUUGUGUAAAGCAACGGCAGUCAAAAUUGCUAAAAUAGAUGGGUAACAUUACAACUCAACGUAGGCAUUGUUUGAUUGAUAAUCCUCCUGAUUUAAAUUAAAGUAAAUUAAAAUUAAACAAGGUAGGAAGUUUGUUACAGAGUUGAUCUCAGGGGGUUCUGCUUCUUUGUUUAAAUAUAGUCAAAGAUAAGCAACGGCCCCAUGAAGUAUUUGGACACUUAAGCCACACUUAAAAUGUAUUCCAAAAUACCAGACAAAUCCAUAACAUUUAAAAAAAAAAGCAAUUUUUGAUUUACGUAAAUGAUGGGCUCAAGUAUUAUUUUAGACUUUUUCUUCAAGUUCACCACUUGAAGGAGUAGCCACAGGUGCAUUUAAACACAUUAACCAUGGACAUGUUACAUACAUUUUGAUAACCAGAAACCGUCUGUGUAAAAUCACUACAGAUGAAAAGAAAUGAACAGUUUGUCACCUUAGAAUGAUACAUUUCUGACAUUUUUUGUCAAAAUUGAAUUAUUCACAUAUUCAUGUAACUUAUUUACAUUAUACAACGUUUCUUUUUUUUACGUUGUGUACAUUUUAGGACUUUUUUUCAAACAAAAAGGUUUUAUCUAUAAAGUGAAAUGGAAUGCAAAAACUUUGAAGCUCAAUAUCUCAAAACUGCUCAGAAUGCAAAUAGAGCCUUAUAAGUCCAAGGCGACGAUUUGUCUUGUUCUUAUUCUUUUAAUUCUAAACCUUUUGUUUUGUUUUGUUUGCUUUCUUUUAAUAAUUAUGUCAUGCAAUACAAUUACUUUCAUACAUUUUAAGUGUAAAAAUACUUUGUGGGGCCACGCAAUGAAACACUGCAAUAUUAGCAAUCAAGACAAUCUGUCUACAUUGUUAUUUUCAUUACUAUAAAACAUUGCUUGUUAGGUUUGCACACCUAAAGGUUUUUGUAACUCUGUGGCCUAACAUUGCUAGAUCACAUUAGGUAGCAGACGUUUCCAAUUGCGAUGGGAAGCAGAAAACAAUUAAAAUAAAUGACGCUACUGAACUUGUUUAUGUUUAGUUGUAGUGUAUGCAUUUUAUAUGGGAGGCAUCAGUCAGGAGUGAAUUUUCUGUUAGUAAUUUAUAAGCUGUAUCUAGCUCUUACUCUUCACAUGUGUUUAAGACAUGAUGUGUGUGGGAUUGUAAGAAACAACUUCUUCAUGUGUGUAUUAAUGAAUGCAGUCAUCUAUGGAGUACAGAGGCACUCAGAGAAAGUUCUGUUCAUUCAUAAAGAUACGAAAUAAAGCUGGUCUUUAUGUCUGUUAUAGAGAUGAUCUCUUUGUAUGGUUAAUAGUUGUAGUCGGUCAUGUCUGCUGUCUAC